CGGUGUGGGCGUGAAACUGGUGGGUUCCCCCAUUUCAUCAAUCUUUCCUUCCUCCAUCCCGAGACGAUCAGAGCGUUAGCACUUAGCGGAGAAGCUCCGAAGAAGAAUACCGACGACGACGAAGGAGGAUCGCCGGAAUUUUUCUACCGACGCCCUUUGUGUUCUCAGGGAGAAGAUUGGCAUACAGAGUAGUUGUAUAAUAAUGAAACCAGUUUGUCCAUUUGCAAAAGCUGCACGUCCUCAGGAUGCGCCCGGGAAGAAACAGCAGAAGGACUCUGCUGCUGGGGACUCUGGUAUCAUCUCUCCCAAGUGCCCCUUUGGAUAUGAUUCGCAGACAUUCAAGCUGGGGCCUUUUAGCUGUAUGAUUUGUCAGGCCCUCCUCUUUGAUAGCACUAGAUGUGUGCCUUGCACUCAUGUCUUCUGCAAAGCCUGCAUAUCACGAUUCAACGACUGUCCGCUGUGUGGAGCUGAUAUCGAGAGUACUGAGGCCGAUGCAAAUCUUCAGAGUACGGUUGAUCGGUUUAUCGAAGGCCAUGCAAGAAUCAAGAGGUCUCAGGUUGAAAGCACUGAUGAGGAGGAAGUUGAAGAGAAAAAGACUGUGAUAUAUGAAGAUGUGUCUCUGGAAAGAGGUUCUUUUUUGCUUCAACAAGCAACGAGGGCAUUUCGUGCUCAGAAUGUGGAAAGUGCCAAAUCAAGACUUAUUAUCUGUGCAGAGGAUAUCCGAGAUCAGAUAUCAAGAAUGGGCAACACAUCAGAGUUGUGUUCACAGCUGGGUGCAGUCCUUGGAUUGCUUGGUGACUGCUGUCGAGCCAUGGGAGACACUGCUUCUGCAGUCACUUAUUUUGAAGAAAGUGUUGAAUUCCUAUUGCAAUUGCCACAAGAUGAAACCGAGGUAACUCGUUGAACUGAUACUAACUUAAAUAUAUUGGGGGAUCUUAAGUACUAUGAUGGAGACCUGCAAGCAGCUAGAUCGUACUAUGAUCGUUCUUUAAACGUCCGUCGGGAUGCAAUUAAGAAUAAAACAGAUGUCCCAUCCCAGUUUCUAGACGUGGCUGUGUCUCUUGCAAAAGUUGCGGAUGUUGACAGAAGUCUUGGAAACGAAGAUACUGCCAUUAAAGGAUUUCAGGAAGGCAUCAAACUUUUGGAAUCAUUAACCUUGAAAUCUGAAGAAACGGCCCUCGAGCAACGGCGGCUCUCAGUGCUGGAGUUUAUCAACAGCCAACUUGCGGAGAAAUAACUUGAAGAAAACUCCCAUGUCAGCGUUCUUGUGAAAUCGAAAUAG